UCUUUUCCCAGACUGGGGCAGGUGGGGGGUUGUGUGUCUACACUAUAAAAGCCAGUGUCCAGCUCAGCUGAGCCUCAGGGACGUGAAUCUCCACUGAGACACAGCCAUGUUCUUGCUCAUCAGCUGUUUUGCUCUUGUGGCCUCUGCACUGGGGUGUGGAGUGCCUUCCAUCCCGCCUCGAGUGAGCGGAUACAACAAGAUUGUGAAUGGGGAGACUGCUGUGUCUGGGUCCUGGCCCUGGCAGGUUUCACUUCAGGAUGGUAGAGGGUUCCACUUCUGUGGAGGAUCCCUGAUCAACCAGUACUGGGUUGUCACUGCUGCUCACUGCCGUGUGUCUCCAAUGAACCACCGUGUCAUCCUGGGAGAGCACGAUCGCCAGUCCAACAGCGAGCCAAUUCAGGUCAAGAACAUCGCCAGGGCCAUCACUCACCCCUACUACAACACCCAGAACUUUAACAACGACAUCACGCUUCUGAAGCUGAGCUCCCCGGUGCAGAUGAAUUCCCGUGUGUCUCCUGUGUGCUUGGCCUCCUCCAGCACCAGCAUCCCCUCUGGAACCAAAUGCGUCACCACCGGCUGGGGCAGAACCGGACAGACUUCGAGCCCUCGCUACCUCCAGCAGACUGCCCUGCCUCUGCUCAGCCCUGCUCAGUGCAAGCAGUACUGGGGUAAUAACAGAAUCACUGAUGCCAUGAUCUGCGCUGGUGCUUCUGGAGUGUCCUCCUGUCAGGGUGACUCUGGUGGCCCUCUGGUUUGCCAGAGUGGUAGUGUGUGGUCCCUUGUGGGUAUUGUGUCUUGGGGUACCUCUAACUGCAACGUGCGCACCCCUGCCGUGUAUGCACGCGUGUCCUACCUGCGCCAGUGGAUCGACCAGACCGUCGCUUACAACUAAGCCUGCAUUGCACGCUCAUGCACUCACACACGGUGCUGCUGUUUGGUGCAUUUGUGAGAAAUGAAACAAUAAACUCAUAAGACGACCA